AUGCGUGAGAGCAUCUCCAUCCAUGUUGGCCAGGCUGGUGUCCAGAUCGGCAAUGCCUGCUGGGAGCUCUACUGCCUGGAACACGGCAUCCAGCCUGAUGGCCAGAUGCCAAGUGACAAGACCAUUGGCGGGGAGAUGACUCCUUCAACACCUGCUGUAGUUGAGCCCUACAACUCCAUCUUCACCACCCAUGCCACCCUGGAGCACUCUGACUGUGUUUUCAUGGUUGACAAUGAGGCUAUCUACGACAUCUGUCUUAGAAAUCUCAAUAUUGAGCACCCAACCUACACCAACCUUAACCGCCUUAUUAGCCAGAUUGUGUCCUCCAUCACUGCUUCUCUCAGGUUUGAUGGAGCCCUGAAUGUCGAUCUGAUUGAAUUCCAAACCAACCUGGUGCCCUACCCACGCAUCCACUUCCCUCUGGCUACAUAUGCCCCUGUCAUCUCUGCUGAGAAAGCCUACCAUGAACAGCUAACUGUAGCAGAGCUCACCCAUGCGUGUUUUGAGCCAGCUAACCAGAUGUUGAAAUGUAACCCUCGCUAUGGUAAAUACAUGGCUUGCUGCCUAUUUUACCGUGGUGACGUGGUCCCCAAAGAUAUCAAUGCUGCCAUUGCCACCAUCAAGACCAAACGUACCAUCCAGUUUGUGGACUGGUGCCCCACUGGCUUCAAAGUUGGCAUUAAUUACCAGCCUCCCACUGUGGUACCUGGUGGAGACCUGGCCAGAGUACAGCGAGCUGUGUGCAUGCUGAGCAACACCAUAGCUAUUGCUGAGGCCUGGGCUCGCCUGGACCACAAGUUUGACUUGAUGAAUGCCAAGUGUGCCUUUGUCCACUGGUAUGCAGGUGAGGGCAUGGAGGAAGGAGAGUUUUAUGAGGCCCGUGAGGACAUGACUGCCCUUGAGAAGGAUUAUGAGGAAGUUGGUGUGGAUUCUGUUGAAGGAGAGGGUGAGGAAGAAGGAGAGGAAUACUAAAUUUAAAAUGU